AUGAAUCUUCGGGCCCGAGAAAACCACUCCUUCGACGACAUCGCCUGGUACGGCAGCGCGUACCUGGUCACCAGGUGCGUGAUGCAACUACCCCUCGGCAUGUUAUACAAGAUGUACGCGCCAAAGACCGCGUACCUCAAAAGCAUUGUGAUUUUCGAAAUCAGCUCCGCGGUCUGCGGCGGGGCACCUAACUCCGAGGCCGUGAUCGUGGGCCGAGCUACUCAGGGUUUUGGGUCCGCGGUGAUGAGCGGCGUUCUAUUUAUCGCGUUCGCUAUCGACCAGGCGCUCGAAGGCGACAGGGCCAUGAUCAAAGCGAAAGUCAUCAAGCAGCGCACCGUGGCCGCGACGUCUGUCUUCUCGAACUGCACCGGUGGCGCCAUGAUGACUGCCAUCUACUACAUUCCCAUCGGGUUCCAGGGCAUCAAGGGCGUCAGCGCAGUGAAGUCCAGCGAGAUGAGCUUCCUGCUUCUCAUUUCGCUUGUUCUCGUCUCCAAGCUCGUGGGAUAUCUGUCACCGUUCAUGAUCGCUGGGUCGAUGCUGAUGGCCAUCGGGGCUGGGCUGCUCAGCACGUUCACGGCCUCGACUGGACAUCCGCACUGGAUCGGAUACCAGGUUAUUUUCGGACUGGGGCUGGGAUGCGGAAUGCAGCAGGGGUCAAAUGACAUUCAGACGGUGCUGCCGAAGUCAGAAGUUCCAUCAGCUAUCUCGUUGCUGUUCUUCGGUCAUCAGCUGGGAGGAUCGGUGUUUUUCUCCAUUGCGCAGAACAUUGUAUCCCAGGAAUCGAUCAAGAAUAUGAAGGCGAAGCUACUGGAGGUCGAUGCGUCUAUGAUUGUCAACGCGGCUGCUUCAUUGUUAUAAUGAUGCGGUGGUCAAGGUGUUUUAUCUGGCGGCUGCUCUCUCGUUAGUUGGACUUUUUGUGGCACUGUUUGUCGAGUGGAAGAAUAUGAGAACUGUGCAAGAGGUACCUGAGCAAGGCCAAAAGACAGACAGGGAAGGUCAGUGACUUGGCCUAGAUCCAUGUGUUUAUUCAGCUUGAGAUUUUGGAUAGGAGUUAGGUGUAGGAAAGAUUCGAAAAUCGCUACUUAGUAUAUAG